AUGUCCGUCGCCCCCUGCGGGGCGGGUGGGCGGCAAUUAGGACUAGGCGGCGUGUGGCGGUUUCCGCGCGUCUCCGGGGUCAGGGCGUCAGCUCGGACUAGGUGCUCUGGUCGCGCAGGAGCCAGGGCCCAGCUGCUGGGGCCGGCAGGACCCCUGGCGGACACCUGCCCCGGGGUGGGUAGGAGCCCAGGUUGCUCGGCUCCCGGCUCCCGGCUGCGCAGCGGCACUCCACUCUCCCCACCCCAGGAGGCGCUGUUUGUCAAACUUGGCUGGAGGCGCCUGCACGUUCUCACUUGGAAGCUGAGCUUUCUCCGGAAUACUUCCCACCCUCCGAGGAGGAGGCGGCGGCGGCAGCUCGAGGGCCACCCGUGCAAAUCGCGUUGGGCGCGGGGCCCUGAGCGGUCGCCGCAGCCGUCGCGGCCCGCGGGGUCCCCGGCAAAGGUCGGACUCCGCCCAGUCCGGCCCCUGGACGCGGGUCUGGCCCCUGGGAGUGCUCUGUGCACCGAGGUUAGACCUCCGGCCGCCGUGGGCCUGCAAAACUUCCAAAGUAGCAGCCUGUUUCUCCUCCUCUCCCUUCUCCUGGGUACCCAGCGCCCCGCGUUCCCCAGAAAGGGCGAGGGGUGGGGGCAAGGCUCCCUCCGGAAGCGGCCGGGCGCCGGAACGCGCUCCCAGAGUUACUCAGGACACUCGGGGUUUGACCUGCAGCCCUCUUCCCCGUCCCUGGCCUGGCUGCGGUGUCCCUUGCUCCCCUCUGCUGCUGCUCCUGCCCCAUCAAGUCGAAAAUCUGAGGGUGGGAUGGGAAAGUGUUCCCUACUACACAAGGGUCUGCCGAGAGUGGAAAGCGCUGGGCUUAUUAGGAAUACAGCCUCCCGCAGCGGCGUGGGGCUGGCGCGGGCGCACUUCGAGAAGCAGCCGCCUUCCAACCUCCGGAAAUCCAAUUUCUUCCACUUCGUGCUGGCGCUCUACGACAGGCAGGGGCAGCCGGUGGAGAUUGAAAGGACCGCUUUUGUGGACUUUGUGGAGAAAGAGAAAGAGCCAAACAACGAGAAAACCAACAACGGCAUCCACUAUAAACUCCAGUUACUGUACAGCAACGGAGUCAGAACAGAGCAAGAUCUGUAUGUUCGCCUCAUAGAUUCAAUGACCAAACAGUGUGAUGGUCUAGUAACACGAGACGUUUAUUUGGAUUUAAAAGUUAAAUGUGUUGGGGUGAAAAGUCACCUUGUUCUCCUCUAGUCCAUCUUCACCUCGCAGCCCCCCAGCUCCAUAAUUCAAACUCCAAGCUCCAGGGGUCACUCCAACUCGUCCACUGCUCUGCCCCCUCUCCCACCCUCUGUCAUACCUUGUAAAUAACAUAAUUACAAGCAGUUCCUUAUUAAAUUAUUUAACCUGUCUUGGUC